UAUGGCUGAGCGGUUUCGCAGCGCAUUACAUUAUUUUGUUUCUGCCAUGAAUCCAUAAAAAAAGUUUAAAGCUGUUGUAAGUAGGUAAUAAAGAAAUUUAACACAUCUUUCUUUUCUUUUUAGCAGCUGUUUACAUAAUGUUUUUGAGUGAGGUAGUGGAAUAACUGCUUCACAUGAGGUAGUUGCUUUGUACUUUUGUGCCAUUUAAUGCAGAGCCUUCAUCAUAUUUCUCUGCUUGCACAACAGCUGCACUCAAACUUCCUUCCAGUGAAGUUGUCUCUUCCUUGUUCCUUUUGCUGUUUAUUACCGAUAAAGUCUUUAUUUGGCUUUGUGAUUAAGGAAAUGAUGCGCUGGGGUUAAUUUUUGUUCUCGGUAUAUACUUGACCAGAUGUGCUCACGGAUGUUUGGACUGACGGUGUCGUUUCAAAGCAGCUGAGCACAGUUUCACACUGAUAACCGGGAAGGCGGAUUUUGCCAUAUUUUUGUGAAGUUCGAUGGACCUGUGUAAAAAGCGCCAUAUAUUAUUUUUUGUGAAGUAACGAUGGCUCCAAUAUAUAACUUCCUAACUUCUUCGAAUGGAAUAAGAUGGAGGAAGCCCGACUGUAUGCAUUUUAACAACCUCGGUGCACAAGAUAGGGAACCACCACCACCUCCUGAAACCAAGCUUUUGUCUUGGUGACAACAGGGGUGACAACACAUUGUUUAAUACAGCAGCCGCAUCGUUCAGCCAAUAUCGGCCCCAUGAAUUUGUCAGAUUGGUUCAGUGUUGAAUAGAUUACAUUAUCUAGCAUACCAGCCUAUAGAUUAAGUAAUCUGCGCAGCACAUGUGCAUUGUGUAGGAGUGAUAGCACUUUCCGCUUGAAUCAAUUGUCCUUUUCCUGGAAUGAAAGGGAGGCGCCCUCUUGUCGUAAGCGAUAACGAUAUCUAUGUGAAAAGGGUUUAGCCUGCUCUUUCAUCUCUGCGCGAAACUUUACAUUUUUUUGUGUGUGUGUGUUUUUUACAUGAAGCGGUGGCAUAGCGCGUCUGGUAAACAAUUAAAGUAUGAAAGAAAACAGUCUGUUUGGGACAUUGUCCUCUGUAUGACACUAGUAGGUCUCAGGAUUUCUCUGCGAACGGCGACAACAAAGAAACCAACAAAUAAAUAUUAAUAAGUAAAUAAAAUAACAGCGCAGUAGCGCUACGACUCUCCAAAGGGCCAACUGCGAGCGUAGUAGUCGCGCAGGACGAUGAUGGGCAUGUUCCGUUCUUUGCCCGUGAUAAACACCGGACGUCACUGUGCGCCAGCUGGGUGUUUGUUUUCGCGGAACUCCAUUGUUUGUUUGCGCCUUUUCGGUAGUGAGAUAUGUUUUUGCGCUAUUUCACGACGGCUGUCCACUUGAAUCUUGAGAAGAAGAAGAAAAAAAGGGGUUGGGGAGGCUGGUCGGAAAAAUGCCGCUCGCUCUGACGUCGGCGCGUUGGCGUCAGAGCUGGCCGAUCGAUUUUUCCAGAAAUAGUGGUCCGUGAAUGGGCCCGCGGUCGCAACGCCGGCAGCGCGUCAAUGAGAGUGUUGUCGUCAUUGGUACCUGCUGCCGCGCGUACGCACGAGCCGCACGAGCCGAGGAUCGAUCGCGUGCGCGCGGGCCUGCUGCCGUCAACAUACGCCCACGCGCACGCACGGAUUCUCUUUCGGCCAGGUGGCCCGCUUCCUAGCGCGUCCCGACACCGUGGUUUCGCCGCCGCGCGCCUUAUCUCCAGCGCGGCGCGCCGUCGCUAACCUGCGUGCCUGAGCUCUGGACGCGUCGCGCCGCACUCUCCACAAGCUGGCGACAAAUCCGUGACGCGACAGCGGCGUCUGCUACAGUCUGCGUCUGCUCGCACGCGUUCCUCCGUCCGCGCGAACGCCGAUUGCGUCGGCGGAGCGAGCGUCACGCGCGUCGUGCGCAUGCGUGUCGGUUGCCGAGGCGACGGACGGACCGCCGCCUAGCGGGCGUCUGCGUCGCCGUCUGCCUUCUGGCGCAGCGGAACGCAAGAGCGACUCUCGCCGGUGUAUCGUCCGGAAGCACGUCCGUCGUCCGCACGUCGUCUUCUCGCGGCCUGCUGCGGCACCCCUCCGAAGAGCGGUCAUCCUCGUCCGCCGUCCCGUCUGUGAGCCAGUAGCACACGCAGAACCAACGCCGGAAUCAUGAGUGCGGCCAGCCCGCUGCCGGACGCCCGCUUCUCGGUGCUGGGCUACGACCAGGUGGUGCGGCUGCAGGAGCUGCUCGAGGAGCCCGUGGCCGUCCAGGGCCGGGGAAACUUCCCGGCCCUGGAGACUCGGCUGCGGGACUUGGUGCAGCGGGUGCGCUCGCAGCUGGCACGCCUCGGCGUGCCCGUGCGCGACGUGCGGCUCAACGGCGGCGCCGCGUCCUACGUCCUCGAGCCGGACACGUCGGCCGAGUACAACGACCUGGACGUCAUCUUCGGCUGCGACCUGGGCGGCGGCGGCAGCGCGGGCUUCGAGCGCGUCAAGGCGGCCGUGCUCGACGCCCUGGCGGAACUGCUGCCCGCCGGCGUGAAGCGCAUCUCGGCGUGCGCCCUCAAGGAGGCCUACCUUCACAAGCUGGUCAAGGUGGCCUCGGACGAGGACCGUUGGUCCCUCGUGUCCCUGUCCAACGGCCUGGGCCGCAACGUGGAGCUCAAGUUCGUGCACCGCAUGCGGCGGCAAUUCGAGUUCAGCGUGGACUCGUUCCAGAUCGUGCUGGACCCGCUGCUGCUGCUGCACCAGUGCGGGUCCGAGGUGCCGCGCUGCUCGCAGGACUUCUUCCCCAGCGUGCUGGCCGAGUCCGUGUACGGCCACUUCGGCGACGCCCUGACACAUCUGCGGCGGCGGCUCAUCGCCACCCGCAGCCCCGAGGAGAUCCGCGGCGGCGGCCUGCUCAAGUACUGUCACCUGCUCGCCCGGGGCUUCCAGGCCACCGACGGCACGCGCGCCCUGGAGCGCUACAUGUGCUCGCGCUUCUUCAUCGACUUCCCCGAGCUGCACGCCCAGCGGGCCAAGCUGCACAGCUUCCUGGCCAACCACCUGGCCCACGAGCGGCUGCGCUACGCCUUCCUUGCGACGCUGCACCGCGUCGUCGACGGCUCCACGGUCUGCCUGAUGGCACACGAACGGCGCCAGACGCUGCAGCUCAUUCAGACGCUGGCCUGCCGUGCGCUCCUGCUGCAGCAGCCCAGGCUGUGCGGCUACGCGCCGCAGCCCUGCUGGCUGCUGUCGGCGGGCCUCGGGCCGGGCAUGAGCCCCGGCCUAGGGCCCGGCCUGGCCGCCGCCCCGGGGCUCGGCCUCGCCGCGGGUCCCCUUUGACCCCCCGUGUUUGUGUGUGUGGACGGCCCCCUUUCCGGCUCCUUGGCGCUCCGGUAUGCGGCGGAAGCCGACAGGGCGCCCUUGGGCCGCCGAUUCGCGCCGACUGGUUAUCGCCCGCGGGGAGGACGGCUUCUUGCCCGACGCGCGGGCCGAGCCCUCGGCGACUACCGACGGCCCGUGGCUUCCGGCCCGGGGGCGGCCCGGAGUUCGGGCCCCCCUCGGCGGCAGGCGCCAGCUUUCCUGUGGCGGCAAAGGACCGCCAAGGCCGCCCUGUUCGACGCUGCCCAACUGGGCCGCUCUCUUUCCCUGGGCAAGGCCGCCCGGCAGCCCCAGAUAAGGGCAAGGCCGGCCGCUCGGACAGCCGGCCGCGCGAGGCCGACGGCCGCCGCACUGGCGGCACCGGACCCCCGACUCUUGAGCGGCCAGGUCACAAGGAUACAGAAACAACCCCCACCCUGUCGACUGCGCGCGGUGGGCAGCCUCCGGCUUAUGCAACUGACCAAUAAACAUUGGACAAACUC